AUGGAUCUCCCAUUUCCCAUGUACACAUCUGAUUGUCCGGUUUACCAUCCUUUGCUUAGGCAAUCUCGGUCGGAGGAAGUUGUCCAGGAAUGUGAUCUCAAAGCGCUUUGCGAUAAAGGGCCCAAGCAGAGACUCCAGACCAUCUAUUGCAAGUCACAGAUUUCUAUUGCAGCUUACCAAUGGACCGUUGCUGAGUUUGAUGAAAUUUCAGGUUCAAGGGCAGUAAUCAGUAACAGAUUCAUGUCCCUCUUUAAUGGCCGAUUCGCGUAUUGGGGCACAUUCUUAUUUUUUGGGAGGGGAUAA